AUGAUUGGUUAUGUUGAUAAAGGAAAGAUUGCAUUUUUAUAUUUAAUCCCUUGGGGACGGGAACCAUAUAUAUGUGGUUUGGGUGUGAAUCAACCUAUAAUUAGCUUGGAUCCAUUAACUCUGUUCUCUCUUCUUACGUCAUCACGACGUUCUCCUCAAGCACGGGCAGCAAUUAGAACACUUGAAAGCAAUGAGAUGUUUUAUGAUGCAGAGUCUGAAGAUGAAAUAGAUUCAGAAACUGAAGACGGAUCUGAAAUUGGUGAAGAUAGUAGUUCGGAUUCAGGAAGUAACAUGGAGAUAUCGGAUGAUGAUAAUAAUUUCUCAUCUAAUCGUUUGAGCCACUCUUCAAGUUCAAGAUCAUGGUAG